ACUUUUCUGGAAGAAUCCCAUUAUCAACCCAAAUGCAGACCUUUGAUGCUUCUGCAUUUGUUGGUAAUCCUGAACUCUGUGGGCUUCCUCUAAGACCAACUUGCCUGGAAGAAGGAAAAUCAAAGAGCAAGCCAACAGACUGCGGUGGCAAAGAAAACAAAGAAGACGGAGUAGAAUUCUGGAAAUCGUUUGAACCAGGUAUGGAACUAGGAGCAAUCAUUUGUUUUGUGGGAGUCUGGCUGUGAAGUUAGAUCAUUCUUGGAAACAUCUGUUGUUCAACAACAUGAGAAUCUGCCUCAGCAACUUGAAAGACUGCCUUUAUUUAAUUGUAGCAGCAUUUGUUUUGCUGGUGACAGAGCAUGUCUCCGGAUGGUGAAUAAAAUUGAAGUUUUAAG